UCACUGUUUUUGAUUCAUAGAAUUGACAUGGCAUUCCCCCUGUGAAAAAUGAGAAUCGCGUCAGGAAAUAAUGUAUGAUUCAGACUGGUUACGGUUACCUUUCUCUCCACUAAAACCAAGUCCCACCCGGGACAACCCUAAUUGUGCGGUUUGGGAUGGCAAUAGUUGCCAAGUUGAGUGGAAUGCAUCCACAAUCGAGGGUCAUUUGGUGGAGUCUUUGGUGGAAGCCAUGAGUCCAGUGUUCGACUACCGAUGGGAAAGUUUCCAUGAAACUGUCAACUGGGAAUUUGUUCGAACCAGAUUCGACCAUGUACAAAAUUCUAGAUGGAUAUCUUCUACAAGCAUCGUCAUCUCUGUACACAGUAGUAGACCAUUACUCAUAUUUUUAUGUGGAAAAAUGGAUGGAAGUGGUCCAUGCUUUGUGAUAUCCAUUGGAAAAUUGCUUCGCGAAUUCUCCAUUUCAAUAUGUGCGAACAUAACUUGGAACUUGCCGAAAAAAUCCAUACUUUGUCACUUCGGGGGUGAUCGCACUGAACUGGAUGGAUUUCGGGAGAAUGAGGAUAACGAUAAAUUCGAGACUGAAGUGUGGCGUACGUUCAGAAUACAUGGCAGCAGUACGAAAAAAACCAUUCGAAUUUUCGAAGGUGAUGAGAAAAAGCCACUCUUAUCAGAACAUUUUAAAACAUGGUAUAAGACAGGCUACAUGUCGUUAGUAUUAGGUGGUGAAUCCCGAGCUCGAGUCCACGAUUACCAAUAUAUCUUAUUGAAAAGCGAAAACACGGUUUUAUCAACGUCAAAUUUCACUUCAAUCUCCGAAUAUUUCUGUAUCGAGUUAUUCGUCGGACUUUGCCCCGACUGUCGACUAGACGUUGUUUUGGUGAGCGAUGAGAAAACAAUUGAGAUCGGGUCCAUCGAUGGAAAUAUGAAUUCCACGAUCAACAAGCUACUGGCUUGGCGGUCAGUUAAACUGAACGUAUCAAUUGCACACCCAUCUUCCAAAGAUGUGCGAUUGGAACUAUGGACACGUCUCAAGAAUCCGAACAUUGAAGGUCGAUGGGCAAUCGACAGCUUACGUCGGUGCGAACCAGCUGGUAAGUUCGGAAUCGUUGAAAAAUUCAUGAAUAUUCUGAACUGUGUUCAACGAAUUUGUGACCAGGAAGUUUGAGAUCAUCCACGAUUUCGACCAACCGCAGGAUCAAACACCACAUUUGUCAGAAAUUGUCUUACGACGAGAGUGCUGUGGUAGAUUUUCACGUGAACAAGACCCUGAGCGUUACUUCUGUCGACGCAAACGGUGAAUUUGUGCUCCAUAGAAUAAUCAUAAUGUCCCGCCUUGAUUCAGCUAAGUUCAAACAGCCGCCAGUCAGCUAGAAAUCGAUUUCUCAUCUGCUGUCCUAGAAAAGCUCUCGCAGAAUUUUCAAAAAUAUGUUAGAUCUUGCUGAAGAAAUCGGUUGAUUAUGGCGA